UCUGUCAAAGCAGGAAGUGUGCGUGGAUUUUGUCAUUGACGCGGCUUUCUUCUGUAUCUGUUAUUAAUGUUAACAACAAACGAGAUGAUCUGCAUGUGCUGACUUUAUACAGUAAAAGCCACAAAGCAUGCUAAAUUCACUCUGGAACAGAGGACGUCCAGACACAAACCACACUAAUGCUGAUGAUCAGUCCGAGAAUGGCUUCGGGAAUGCAAGAGAAACAGUACACCCCAUCUCUUCUCAGUUUUUUCGUCUAUAAUCCUUCAUUUGGGUCACGGGAGGGAGAGGAGGAGAAGAAGAUUUUAUUCUACCAUCCCAGUGAGGUCGAGAAGAAUGAGAAGAUCCGUAAUGUCGGUCUUUGUGAGGCCAUUGUACAGUUUACCAGAACCUUCUGUCCAACAAAGCCUGCUAAAUCCCUACACACACAGAAGAACAGGCAGUUCUUCUUUGAAGCAGAGGACAGUUUCUGGAUCGUUAUGGUGGUGCGGAACCCGAUGGUAGAAAAACCGAAUAAAGAUGGGAGACCUCCCACGAUAGAAUAUCAGGAAGAGGAAAUACUUGACACAGUUUAUGGUGCAGUAUUACGGGAAUGCUACAGUAUGUACAAGCUCUUCAACGGCACAUUUGGCAGAGCAAUGGAAGCAGGCGGGGUGGAGCUGCUCAUGCAGAAGCUUGACAAGUUCUUUUACAGGUACCUGCAGACGCUGCACCUGCAGUCCUGUGACCUGCUGGACGUGUUCGGUGGGAUUGCCUUUUUCCCCCUGGACAAGAUGACCUACCUGAAGAUCCAGUCAUUUGUCAACAGAGUGGAGGAGAGCCUCAGCCUGAUCAAAUACACAGCCUUCCUCUACAACGACCAGCUGAUAUGGAGUGGUCUGGAGCAGGAUGACAUGCGGAUCCUGUAUAAGUACCUGACAACGUCACUGUUCCCCAGACACUCUGAACCAGAGCUGGCUGGUAGGGACUCUCCCUUAAGGCCAGAGGUGGCAGGGAAUCUGCUUCACUAUGGGAGGUUUUUGACAGGACCUGCUAAUCUCAAAGACCCAGAGGCCAAAUUCCGGUUCCCUAGAAUAUUUGUCAACACAGAGGACAGUUAUGAGGAGCUGCAUCUGAUAGUUUAUAAGGCGAUGAGUGCAGCGGUUUGUUUUAUGAUCAGUGCAUCUGUGGAGCUGACGAGGGAGUUCUGUGAGCAGCUGGAUGGUCUGGUGGGACCUCAGCUCACCCUGCUGGCCUCCGACAUCUGUGAACAAUAUAAUGUCAACCGCAGGAUAUCAGGGCCGGACAAGGAGCCCCAGUUCAAGUUCAUCUACUUCAACCACAUGAACCUGGCAGAGAAGAGCACCAUCCACAUGAGGAAGACAGCCAGUGUCUCUCUGACUUCGGUCCACCCAGACCUCAUGAAGAUUCUGGGAGACAUCAACUGUGACUUCGCCAGGGUCGAUGAAGAUGAAGAGAUCAUUGUGAAGGCUAUGACAGACUACUGGGUGGUCGGCAAGAAGUCGGACCAGAGAGAACUCUACGUUAUAUUGAACCAGAAGAAUGCCAAUUUGAUUGAAGUUAAUGAGGAAGUGAAGAGGCUCUGUGCGACACAGUUCAACAACAUUUUCUUCUUGGACUGAAAGAAAAAAAGAAAAAAAAGAACUGCACGAAGAAGAGGAAGAGAGACGGUGAGAGGGCAAUGGACUGUUUCACCACACUAAAACUGUCAGCAUUGCAGGGUGUUAUGACAGCAUCAGUGUAAUGCAAUAAUUGCAUAGAUUAGGUAAGAGUUCGACCAAAACCAUGGAAACACCACACACCCGUCCCCCCAUGGGGGAUAGGUCCAGAAUCUAUUUAGUAACCACAUUAUAGGCCUGUUAGAACACAUACAGUGCCUAGUGAAAGUUACACAGCACUUGCACAGUAUUCAUAUUUUUCUGCCUUAACAUUAAAUAAAAAUGAGUUUCCUACAGAUCUACACAACCUACUCCACAUUAUCUAAGUGAAGGAAAGUGAGGAAAACCUAAUCCUGAGUUGUAUUUUUCUGCGAGACAGUUACACACAUUUUAAUGCCAAAGACACAACAGAAUGGCGUUCUAAGAGGUGUUGAGUGUUCCUGAAUGGUCCAGUCUCCUUCCUGACUUAAAUCUGCGACAAGGUUUGAAUAUUGCUGUCCAUCAAUGAUUCCCAACCAAAUGUAUUGAGCUUGAGCAAUUUUGACAAAAACAAUAGAUAUACAUUGCCCUAAGAGUUGUGCAAGGUUGGUAGUCUUAUUCAAAAUUAUUAUUCACAGCUGUAAUGGCUGCCAAAGGUGCUUCCACCAAGUAUUAACUCUGGGGUGUGAAGACAUAAGCAUUCAAUACAUCCGCAUUUUGUAUUUCUUAGAACAUUUUCCAAAUGACUAGCAUUUUUCUUUCACUUUGAAAAUGUGGAUUAGGUUGCGUAGAUCGAUAUGAAAAAACAAUUUAAUCCCUUUUUAGAUUUAAUUAAGGCAAAAUGUGAAGACUGUGUAGACUUUCACUAGCGACUGCUGUAAAUUGUGAUUGAUUUGACAAAUAUCUACUUUUUUUGUAUCAGCUUUUCUGAAUGGACGCCAUUGACGGUGUCCUUGUGCUAUCCCCUACGGGUGCGUGGCCAUCGGCGCUCCAUUGAUCUCUUACCGUAUGUAUUGUAAACAAUUAAAUAAAGAAGCUUUUCACAUCAUGUAAUUUCUUUAGAUUUUGAUUUACCAAUACAAAAUGGUAUUUUCAUUCUUGUAAUUAAGUGUCAAAUGAUCAGAGUAAUUUUACUGUACAUGUACUUAAUUUUUCUAUUUCUUUGUAUAUAAAGUGCAUUGUCUUCUUGUUUAAGUUCCUGUCAGCUGUUUGUAUUACAAUUGACAUCAUUGGUCUACUGACUCUACUCGUUGUUGUUAUUUUUAAGGACACAACAUGACAUUUAUCACUAUAUUAAUUUAAAAACAGACAUUCACAAACAUGCUGUUUUUCUUCUAUGGGUUCUGUUCAUUGUCUUGUAUAAUUUUGAAAUGAGAUGCUAUGAUUCAUGUCGAAAGUAAUGUGGUUUGUAAAAUGCAGCCCCAACUUUAAAUAAAUUAAGAAAUUCUAAUUUUC